AUGAUUAGGAACAUUAUUAAUAUCAUAUAGGAGGGGGCAUAAGAAUAUAAAAAUGCAACUUAAAUGACAUUAAAUUCAUGUGCCGCUAUUUUUAUUUUGAUAAGCUAUUUCAUGAAAUACCAUUUUACAAAACAAAGACUUUUGCUAAACAUAUUGAUUCAAAUAAUUGUAAUAGUACAUUUUGAAAUUUCAUUCAAUGACGCUAAUCAAUUUUAAUCUUUUAGCAUAAUUGUCUACCUUAUUUCAAUCUAGUAAUAUCUCUAUAAAUAAAAGAAUUGCUUUCAUUAUUUAAGUCAUAGUGUCUUGAUUUAUGCUGUUAUCAGAUCUUUACUAAUUAAAUAUAAUGAUCUUGUUACUUAAGAGUUCAUUCUUGUUUUAUUAUGGCAGCCUUUAAAUCAUUACUUAUUAUAUUUGAUUAUAAGAAAGAAAUACCAUAAGAAGGAAGAGUUAAACUCAUAAAUUCAAUUUCAUACAAUCUCUACACCUUAAGCAUAACAUACUGAAAGAGCUGAAGAAGUUCCUCCGAAAGUCAAUCUUGCUGAAGAUUUUUUUGAUUGUAUUCCUGAAGGUUUGGUUAUUUUGGAUGAAUUUCAAAAAAUUAUAAGACACAAUUCAAAAAUCUUACAUUAUUUGAAUAUAUCAGAUUCAGUAUAAAUACCAUCAGCUUUAGAUGCCUUAUUCAAGAUGUAAAACAAUAAUUUAAAUUUAGUGCUCAAAAAAAUAAAAGUCCCUAAAAAGAGAAAAAAAAGCCAGUUUACUUAAAACAGAUGAAAUAAAGAACAGACGUUUAGUCAUUUUAUGCCAGUUCCAUGGGUACUUCUUUUAAAAAACAACUUUGGAUGUCUGAUAAAUAGCAAUUAAAUUUAAACCUUUAAAAAGGAGAUUCUAUUACAUAUCCUUUCCUUUAAUCUGUUCUUAAUGAUUUUAAAUUAUAGAAUUUGAAUGAAAAUAUGACAAUAACUUCAGAAUGUAAUAGUAUUGUUAAAUAUUAAAUAUUACAAGAGAAUUAAUAGAAAUAAAGGCAUCUUUAGAUUAAAAUUUAUGAUAUUAAAAUUACAUCAUAUUCAAGUACUCCGGUUUUUUUAUUUAUUGUAGAAAAUAUUACAAAUAAAGAAUAACUUAAAUAGUUAACAAAUAGGUUUAAAUUUUAAUAAUCAUUAUUAAACUCUUUUAGUCAUGAAUUAAGAACUCCUUUAAAUUGUACUUUGUCUUUAUUAUAAGCACUUAAAAGCAAGUUAAAAAAUGAUGAUCUUAACAAUGAGUAUUUAAAUCCAUCUAUUGUUUCAAAUUAAAGAUUACUUUAUCAAAUUAAUGAUAUUUUGGAUUAUGCAUAAAUAGAAUGUUAAGAUUUUCGUAUUAAUGUAACUGAAUUUCGAGUUGGUGAAGUAUUUCAAAUAUUAAAAGAUUUUUUUGAGUAAGAAUGUAAAUAAAAAUAAAUAGAGUUGAUAAUAGAGAAUGAUUGUUUAUUAUCUAUAAAAAGUGAUAAAGAUAGAAUUACUUAGGUUUUAAUAAAUUUAAUAAAUAAUUCAAUAAAAUUUACACCUUAAGGAGGAAGGAUAAUAAUAAAUAUAAAAAAGAGAGAUAAUAUGUAUUAAUUCACAGUUUGGGAUAAUGGUAAGGGAAUUUCAAACUUGACUUUAUCUAAUAUUUUCGAAUCAUAAAAUAAUAUAAAUGCUAGUACUAAAUUAACAGAAACUAUAUCUAGUUCAAAUAAAUUGGGUUUAGGAUUAAAAGUAAGUAGAGCUAUAGUAAGCAAUUUAUGUUAAAAUGGAGAUUUAGUUAUAAAGAGUUAAAAAGGUAGCUACACAUCAAUUAAUUUCUUUGUUGAAGAUUAAAUAAUUAAAGUAAAUGAAGAUAUAACAGAAUAAGAAUCAAUAAUGAGAUUUGGUAGUAAGAAUACAGUCUAAAAAUGUGUAUGUCCAUAAGUUCUUAUAGUUGAUGAUGUACCUUUCAAUCAUAUUGCAAUGAUUGCAAUUUUGAGUAAUUUUGGAAUAAAAUCUGAAAGUGCUUAUGAUGGAACCUAAGCAUUAGAGAAGGUGAAUAUAAGAUUAAAUAAUAAAGAAUGUUGUAAAUCAUAUCGUAUAAUAUUUAUGGAUAUUGAAAUGCCAGGCAAAAAUGGAUUUUAAACAUCAGCAGAAGUAACUAUAAUGUGAUUCAUAGAUAGUCGAAAUAUUGAAAUAAUCAAAUUUUUAAUCAGUAAUAGUAAUGUGUUCAGCAUAUACAGGAGAGGCAAAUGUUGAAUAAGCUCGAUAAUGUGGAAUGAAAGAAAUAAUCCCUAAGCCAAUUGCUUUAAAUAACAUGUAAAUAUUAAUAUCAAAAUAUUUUUAAUCAUUAUCUUGA